GCUCUGGAAGGCUAUAAAGACCAGAAAAAGCAGCGCAUGUUGUUUCAGACCUGUGUGAGAGUGGUUGACUGUGAGUGUGAUUGGGGAGGUUAUGUGUGUGGGGAAACUAUUUAUCUGAAAUCAAAUUAAGUUAUUUUACUCUAACAGAAUUUAUAAAGCACUUUAUAUUUAAACUAACGACUGAUAACCAUGGUUGCAACAAGCACACUGAAAAACAAGAACUCUGAGUGCAUAUCCGAAGCAUUCGACCGCCGGUACGACCAGAGCUACAUCGAAGAUGAGCUGGAAUUCUGGGAGCGCUGCCUGUCUGAGCCCCCAGUGGGAGUGGGCCUGAGCGUUGGUGACGCGGAGUCCCUUCGCCAGGAGGCGGGCACAUGCCAACAGCUGGCCAAGCUGCUGGAGGGCUGCCUGUCGCGCGCCAAGAAGAGCACGCUGCACUGCGCCGAGGUACUGGUCCCAGAGACGCUGACGCGGCGCAUCUCGCGCGACGUGCUGCGCCUGGCGGCAGCCGAGCCCUGCGGCCUGCGUGGCUGCGUGCUGCACGUGCUCAUGGAGGCCGAGCGUGGCGGCUGCAAGCGGCUGGAGCGCAUCGUGUGCGACGCCAGCGUGGUGCCCACCUUCGAGCUGACGCUGGUGUUCAAGCAGGACGCCAGCGCCUGGCCCAGUCUCAGGGACCUCUUCCACAUCGGCGCCUGCUUCGCCCCGGGCUUCCGCCACGCACUCAAGCUCAGCCCUGGAUUCCGCCUCAUCAAGAAGAAGCUCUACUCCUCCUCUCCGGCCGGUACCGUGGUGGAGGAGUACUGAGCGCGCUCGGACUGGGUCCGAUGGGACACCUGGGGUUGGGUGGAGGGGGCUGGUGGGGUUAACUGGACCGGCGAGGUUGAGAUUUCCUGUAGAGGGUUCGAGGGUACAAUGCACUUCUACACUUCAAUACCUGAAUGUAAGUCACUCUUACUAGGAGUGAUGUUCUUUUUCUAGGCUUUUUAUAUUUAUAAAUAUAUUUUUGUUUUCUUAGAUGUGCAACUGUGAGUGUUGGAAGGUGGGUGUAUGUGCAAAGUGUGUGUGUGGCGGAGUUGUGCCAUAUUAUAAUGCUAGUUCUUAAAUACAUUCACAAAGCAUUUGGAAAUGGCUGUGUGUUUAGCGUAAACGUUUAAGAUCUGUAGCGAAAGAAGUGAUGACUCCAUUUUGUACAAAAAAUUAAACCAGACUGCUCAGCGCCAACAAGGAUUUUAACACCAUUUCAAUUUUGAGACUAAUUACUCUUUGAUUACAUGCAAGGAUUUGAUUGAUUAAAAUGUCCUAUCUAAAGUUUUUAGACAUUUGUAUACUUCAAUUAAGAAAUUUGUAGUUCAAAUUGGCAAUAAAUAUAAAAAGUCAGGAUGUAUUUUUUAAUCACUCUGCAUUGGCUGUUGCAUAGCUGGUGCACAAUAAGAUGUGUUUAUGAAGAUGACUCCAACUCUAUACAUUCAUCAUUACAGAUUGACUUGGGCUGAGGCCCCCCUGUGUAUUUGACUGUAAUGCAAGUAGAAUGUAGCGCACCAUAUGGGGGUGUUGAGGGACGAGGAACGGCUCAUAUAAUGGGGUCCACGUAGGUAGGCUUGAAUGUAAGUUUGGUGAAUCGCCAUUAAUUGUUUGUCUGUCAGUCUUGUCCAAUCACAUCGGCCAAUAGCCUUGUUCUACAGGAGAGGAGAGGGCUGUGAUUGGACGCUGCACUGCGUAAGAUCAACAUGCUGCUCUGUGGCUGAGAAUCUACCGUGUGCCUCAUGUUCAAGAGGGGUUUUGUUCUUUUUGGGGUUUUUUUGGUACAUUUUCCACAUGUUGAUUGGGGGAUUGCCACACUGUUUUAUGUAGUUUUCUACAAGUUUAUUUUUUUCUUUUUUUUUAAAAAAGACACCUUUUAUUGCCUUUCGGUGGUUAUCAGUUGCAGUGUUGCAGUAACUGGGGUUUUUUUUUUUUUUUUUAAUUUUUUUUUUUAAGAAAUUCCUGUUAAAGGAAGUCAAUCCUUGUCUAUUUGACAAUAAAAUGUAUUUUCACCCGUGA